AACGUAUUAUGUUCCUUCUACAAUUUCUUACUCUUCCUGAUCAGGGCAGAAUAGUGGACACUCUCAGUGGAGGACAGAAGAGACGUGUAUCAUUUGCUGUAGCACUUCUCCAUGAACCAGAGCUUCUGAUUCUAGAUGAACCCACUGUAGGCGUUGAUCCACUUCUACGUGAACGGAUUUGGGAACAUUUAGUGAAAAUAGCGAGACAGGAUGGUCUGAAAACAACAAUCAUCAUCACAACCUACUAUAUAGAGGAAGCAAGGCAGGCCAACAAGGUAAGAACUGGAUAUAAUUGUCUUUCAUGUCACAAUCUUCUACUUUUAGGCAUGAAUAUUUAAAAAAAAACACAUUUGUCAACAUAAAAUCUUCCUUCAAGUUACUGAGAAUUCAAUCUAGAAUUUUGACCGUGUUACCAUAUGAAUUUAUUGUGUCUUGAACAGCUUUGAUUUAUAUGUCAGGUGGGAUUGAUGAGAGGUGGACGUUUGCUGGCAGAGGAGGAACCCAACAUGUUGAUCCAGAAACACCACAUUAAUGUAAGGACAACCAGAAUCAAUAGAAUGCCAUAAACCAGAAACACUGGACUAUCCUAAACCAAAACAAUGGAAUGUCCUCAACCAGAAACAAUAGAAUCCCAUACCGAAAUAAAGCACAGAAAAAGUACAGCAAAAAAGUACUAAAAAGCAUUUAAAAAGUAUGCUUUUAGUACAUUUUAUUGUCAUCUUAAAGUACAGAAAAGGCACAUAUAUAGUACAAAAAAGUACUUUUAUACUUUUAUAGUACUUUUACAGGUAAGUAAAAAAAGUACUGGGACAAAAGUACUGUGAAAAAGUAGGAAAAUAGUACUGAAAAAGUACAAAAAAGUACUGGAGCAACUUGGCAUGAAAAAGUAGAAAAAAAGUACUGAAACAACUUAGCAUUAAAAAGUAGAAAAAAAGUAUGAAAAUGGUACAGAAAAAGCAGGAAAAUAGUAUCGAGAAGUAGUACAUUAGUACUGAAAAAGUAGGAAAAAGGUACCAAAAAGGUAGGAAAUUAGUAGUGGAAAAGUAGGGAAAAAGUAAUAUAAAAGUAGGAAAAUAGUACUAAAAAGGUAGGAAAUUAGUACUGAAAAAGUAUCAACAAAGUAGAAAAAAAGUACUGAAAAAGUAGGAAAAAAUUACCAAAAAAGAAGGACUAAAAAGGUACGAAAUUAGUACUGAAAAUGUAGGAGAUUAGCAUUAAAUAUACAUCAGUCCUAUUCCUAAAAG